GAUGUCCAAUAGGUCUCAGACGGUGGGUCUCACACCACCGGAAGGGCUUCUGAUAAUCAACAGCAUUAUCAUCGCGACGAGCUUCCUCUGGGUAGUCGCGUCCAGCCUCCUAGUAUGGGAGGCUGUGCGGGUGAUGGAGCAGAGGCGCUCUUGGGUGCUGUGGAGCUGGGUGACCAUCACCGGCUUCAUCUGCCUCAGCGACUUGGGUAUCUUCAUCAACUUCAGCGUCGACUACUCCAACACAGUGAGCAGAAUAAGGUCAGUGAAGAAAAUCCAAAAGUCCCUGGGCCUUGAGCUGUGGGACGUGGAAACCAUGCUGGGCUUUCCGACGCCGGGCCUGGAGCUGCUGACGUACUCGGCGUUCAUGAUGUCGAUGGCCGCCCGUGGCUACAUGCUGUGGCUCCUCAACGUCGCCGCCGCGCUUUGGGUGGGUUUCCAGGCACUCGGUGGAGGUUGCCAUGCCGACGAUCAGGAUGAAAGAAAAUCACUGAAGCACCACUUCCUGACCUCACUGUACAGUGAACGGAGGGAUAAACCUGACGGGGUGUCGUCGCCGUGGGCCGUGCAGUCGCCGGUGGUGGGCACAGCGCCGCGGCCACUGCCCUGGUCGUCCUUUCGCUCUGCGCCGACAGUGGAGAUCCCACGGCCCUUCCGCCUGGGCCCACCACCGCCUGGCCGCCCACGCACUAACGCCAUCCCGGAGCCCGACUACGACAAUGAGUCACUGUCGCGAGAGCCCCCACAGCUGUCACGGGAACCCCCACAGCUGGCGCGGGAACCCUCGCGUUUGGCACGGGAACCCCCAUACCUGGGGCGCUCGCCGCCGCACGCCAAGGACGCACUGCGCCGCGAACCGCCGCCACUAGACGAGAUGCCUCGCCGCUCUGCCCUCAAGAAGGCCACCUCCCCACAGUCCCGGUUUGCUGGCAAGACCGUUUUCUGAGUACACACAGAAGCCACUGACGUUCAGAUUUAACGGCAAUCACCUUACUAUCGACACACAUCCUUUUGCUGCA